AUGAACAUUAAUAAUAACAACAACAACAAUAAUAAUAAUCAUUAUAAUAGUAAUAAUAGUAGUUAUUUUAAAAACAAUCAACAUACAGAAGAAUUCACAUUCGAAGAUAUCACAUUCGGCGAAAAUGGAAUAAAUAAUUUAUCAUUUAUAAUGGAAGAUUCACCACAAAAGCGUAUGAUGAAUAACAACAGUGGUCAUUUCCAUGGGGUCAUUGGUAGUGGAAAUACUCCUAACAACAACAAUAACCUCAAUAUGAAUAAUAUAAAUAAUGAAAAUUUAAAUUUUAUGAAUAACUAUAUCAAUAACAAUAGCAACAACAAUAAUAAUUUUAUUAAUAAUUUAAAUGGUACAUUUGAAUCAUCACCAAAUUUAAAAGGUGUUAAAGCAAUUAAAAAAGAAAAGCGUCCAAAAUCAGAUAAAUCAGAUAGACAUGCAGUAUUAAUUAGCACAAAAGGAGAUAAAAUCAAUUUAGCAAUUUUAUUAAAACAAUUAGAAGAGUGUGGUCCAGUUAGAGCUCACCAUUUUAGAGAAAGACAAAAUUUUGGUUUCGUACAAUUUUUAGAUAGUGAUAGUGCAGAUAAUGCUAUAGAGAAAUUAAAUCUAAGAGAUAUCGAUGGUCAAAUUAUAACAGUUCAACGUAUCAAGCGUAUUACACCAGGUAAAGAUCCGCGUAUAGCAUCUGUAGGCUCACCUCAAUGCAGUUCCCUACCAACUCAAUUACCAUCAAUGAUCGAAAAUAAACCAGACAGUACUUUAGUAUUAAAAAAUUUACCAUUCAAUUUAAGACAACUCCAAUUACAAGAGAUUCUCGAAGGAAUUAAUCCAUCUGCCCCACAAUCUGUAAACUUUCAUUACGAUAAUAUUGGCGUUUUUCGUGGUAUGGCCUUUGUAAAAUAUAGAUUGGUUGAAGAUGCCGUUAAAGUUUAUGAGGCUCUUAAUGGUGCUGAUGUUCAUGGUCGUAGAGUACGUUUGGAAUACAAAAGAAAAGUUUCAAAGAGCGCAGAAAUCCCACAAGAGGUUUUAGAAGAUGAACAAUUACGUGUAGUAUGGGAACAAUUAAAGGAGUUUAAAGAGGAUCCAAAUUCAACAGAAAUGAACUUCAGUUCUUUUACUGGUGUACAAAGAAUGUAUAUUCAUAACAUGGCCGAAAAAUUAAAAUUAUCACAUACUUCUGCUGGUGAGGAGUCGACUAGAUCAAUCGUUAUCACAAAUAAAAAGCCAGCUCUAGUUGGUACACCAAGUCAAGACCCACAAUUUCUUUCAACUUCACCACCAAUCGGUAACAGUAUCGGUAGUAUUGGCAGUGGUAUUAUUGGUGCCUCAAAUAAUAAUAAUAAUAGUGGAAAUGGUAAUUUACUUGGUGGUUCAACAUCAUCUUAUACUAUUGGUGGUCCAUCAAGUUUAAAUUCAAUGACAUCAACUUUAAAUAAUUUAGGUAGUUAUGGUGGUUUAUCAACUACUCCACCACAAUUAACAACAUCAAAUUUAAUUUCACCAUCAAAUGAUAAUAUUUCAACUCAACAACAACAACAACAACACCAACAACAACAACAACAUCAAUUUAAUAGUACAAUAGGUUUUAAGAUUCCAUCAUCAAAUAAUUCAACAUCAAAUGUUUCAAUUCCAAAAAGUCAUAUAGGUUUUAAUAUAGCAAAUACAAAUAGCAAUAAUAAUAAUAGCGCAAAUGGUUUUAUAACACCACCAUCCACAACACCAACCAACUCUUUAGCUAGCAACAGUGGAAAUGGAUUUUUAUCUCAUUUUAGCGACUCUAAAAUUGGUACAUCUUGGGAAAAUAAAUCAAUUCAUUCAACCACACCUCCAUCAAAUAUAAACAACAACAAUAGUAACGGUAACAACACAGCUACACCAACAGCAAGUUUUUUAACAAUAAAAGGAUUCAGAGAUAGAUCCUAUUCAGCAUCAGCUUUAUCAUCAGAUAUCGAUCUUUCAUCUUCACCCAAUUGGAGAACAUCAAAUAUAAAUUCAUCAUUUGGUUUAAUUGGUUCAAAUUCCACAAACAAUAAUAGCAAUAAUAACAAUAGUUUAGGUGGAAUUUAUUUAAAUAGUGUUAAUAGUAGUAAUAAUAUAAAUAAUAGUAAUAUAAAUAAUAUAAACAAUCAUAUCAUCAAAAAUAAUAAUAAUCAUAUAAAUAAUAGUCAUAUUUUAUCUCCUUCUUCAUCAUUUUCAUCUCCUUCAUAUAAUAGUCCAAUCGCUAAUAAUAGUGGUAUUAAUAGCGGUAAUGGUAUUUUAAUUAGUCAAAAUAAUAGUUUAAAUAGUUUGGGUACAAGUAAUGGUAUUUUUAUACCAAGCCCACCUAAUAAUAGUAAUAUAAUAAAUAAUAGCAGUAUUAAUUUUAGUGGUUCAAAUGGCUCAAAUAGUUUCAAUUCGCCAAUUUUACGCCAACCUAAAGGUCCAGAUGGCACCAAGGGUUUUUCUGAUGGUUAUAAAGCAACAAGAAAAUUAGGUCAAAGUCCAGUUACUUCAUCAAUACUCAAUAUCCAAUAA